AUGAGACAAAGAAAAAGAAGUACAAACCCCAACUUGACUUUGUCAAAUGGUGAAAGAAAAAUUCAAUUCCUUACUAAAUGUGAAAAGUACCCACCACCAAAGGUUAUUGACAUUUCCGAGACGCAUCACCACAAGCUCACCCUUCUCAGGGAGGAGAAGUAUUUCGGCUGUGAUGCUAAAUGUCACAAGAUUACUGGUGCUGGGUUUCCAUACAAAUGUCAUGAAUGUGAUUUAUCCUUCCAUAUAGAUUGCGUAUGGAAUCUAUCAGAGGUAAAUUACUCUUUAGAGGUAAACCACUCUUACCACUCCUUACACCCUCUUAAGCUCCUCAUGGGUAGAUCACCGGAUUAUUCUGAUGGAAAUUGUCGUCUUUGCGGAAGAAAGGUUGAUGAAUUCUUUUAUCACUUCACUGUGGAUCUGCGUUGUGUUCUACAUCCACCACAACAAUCUCUUUUGAAUUUGAAAGCUCAUGAUCACCCACUUACCCUUCUCCCAAGACUCGAUUCUUUUACAUGUAAUGCUUGCGGUCUAAAGGGAGAUUGAAGCCCUUACGUAUGUUUCCAAUGUGGCUUCAUGAUCCAUCAAGACUGUCUUCAUCUUCCACGGGUCAUAAACAUUAAUCGGCAUGAUCACCGCGUUUCUCGAACUUCUGUUCUUGGUGUUGUCAAUUCUGUAUGUGGGGUUUAUCGCCAGAAGGUGGAUUGGACUUGUGGAGGUUUUUCUUGUCAAAGGUGUCCCGCCUAUGUCGUUCAUUCGAAAUGUGCUACUAGAAAAGAUGUGUGGAACGUGAAAGAACUCGAAGGAGUACCUGAAGAAACAGAAGAUAUAGAUCCAUAUGUCGUAAUAGACGACAACACAAUACACCAUUUCAGCCACAAAGAGCAUUACCUAAGACUCCACAUUAAUGUUAUUCUAUGUGACGACAACAAGCGGUGCAGUGCAUGCAACCAUCCCAUCUGUCUCCAGUCCUUCUACGGCUGUAUGGAUUGUAAUUUCAUUCUCCACCAAAACUGCGCUGGGUUUCUUAGAAUGAAAUGGCAUGUGCUACACAAUGAACGUCUUACUCUAGUUACAAACGAGGCUAAAUUCUUCCAUUGUGAUGCUUGUAGUAGGAUGUCCAAUGGUUUCAGAUACCAGCAUGAGGAUAAGACAUUUGAUGUUCAGUGCAUUUCAGUUUCUGAGCCAUUUUUCCAUCCAAGUCAUCCCAAUCAUCCCUUGUAUAACAUUUCACUAGAUGGAGAGAUUGAGAUUUGCAAUGGCUGCAAGAAGCACCGUCAUAAUGUGCUAAGAUGUAUUGAAGAUGACUGUAGUUUUUUCUUGUGCUUCAAAUGCGCCACUCUACCACAAGUGGUAAAACAUAGAGUUGACAAUCACCCUCUCUCACUAUGUUAUGGCGAAAAGGCUAGUGGUAAAUUCUGGUGUGACAUUUGUGAAAAAGAAACCAAUCCAGAGAUAUGGUUCUACACGUGUAAAGACCACCGAGGUAGUUUACAUACAAAGUGUGUCCUCGGAAAAUUUUCAGGGCUCAUGCCAAGAAGCACAAUAGAGUUUUGGGGCAAUUCAUUUGAGGUGGUGCUCAAUAAUAGUAUAUCUCGUCCAUUUUGCAGCUGGUGUGAGUUGCGUUGCAUUUUUCCUAUCAACUUUAAGAGACUUGGAACAUCAGAUGAAUACUUUUGCUCUAAAUUUUGCACUACUUAUUACUAGGCACUUUCGGUUACUUGGAUCAAGAAUACUUGCACACAAGAACAUUCAGCGAAAAGAGCGAUGUUUAUAGCUUUGGGGUAGUCCUUAUGGAAUUGGUUUCAGGUGAAAAGGCAUUGUGUUUUGACCAGCCACAGAGCGAAGAAAAUUUGGUGAUUUGCCUAAAAUAUGCUCUGAAAGAGAAUUGGUUAUAUGAAGUUAUUGAUAAAAGGGAGGAAUGCAGUGAAUCACAUGGACAUUCAGAAAGCAGCCUUAUUGGCCGUUAGGUGCACAACAGUGAAGGGAGAGGAGAUGCCAAAAAUGAAAGAAGUAGCUGCUGAAUUUGGAGGUUUGAGAGCUCCGGCGAAAAAAAGUUUGUUCGAUUAGUAUCCAGAUUUUAAAUGUACAUUUCCUUUAUAAAAGCUGGAGCACUAAUCUUAUCUAUAUCUUGUGUUUUGGUUCUCUUCUUGUUAUUUUUUUUCUUCCUUUUUUCUUGCGCUAUUGUUUGGUUGUGUUUGUGAUGCUUGAACUAGUAAUGUUGUCGUCAAUUGUCUAUAGAGCUCUCACCAAUGAAA